AUGUAUGCUCGUCUGCCGCCGGAGCCGCAGCGCAAGGAACCCCAAAUAGACCUAUAUCCGGAUACUCAGGAGGGUGGUUCUAAGUCAGGCUUUUCUAAUUACUUGGACGAAUUUCUGAGCGCCAUUAAAGUGUUUGGGUAUUUGGAAAGGCCGGUCUUCCAUGAGCUGACUAGGACCAUGCAGACGAGGAAACUCAUAGCCGGGGAAACCCUUAAUUUAGAGGAAGAAAAGGGCUUCUGCUUAGUUGUAGAUGGUCUGGUGGAAAUUUUCGUCAAGUCUUCUAGGGAGGCGAGCGAGUCUGACUCUAAAGCGUCACCCUUCCCUGACAAUUCCUCUGACAGUGACGAUAAUCAAGACUAUGGGAGUGGACAUCAGGGGUACCAGUUAUUGACCGAGGUCAAGAAUGGAGCUCCGAUGUCAUCCUUAUUUUCCAUCUUAUCUUUGUUCACUGAAGAUGUCAAGUUAAGGCAUACCGAAGAUGAGGAGGUCUUCGAAUCUGGUGCUGCGAGUGCUGGAGGUUAUAGCAAUCCACGUUUUCCGCAAAAUGCUGGAUUUGGUUUCACCAACAGUCAUGAUACGCCACCGUCACUACCAACAAGCCCAAUCUAUGGGGCCCCGACUCAGAGUCGCUACCCGACAACCCGAGAUCGUCGCUCCUCAACAAUGGCAAGCUCGACAGCAGGUGGAACAUUACCGCGAGUCCCUCCCUUAUCUCUUGACCCGUCGCCCGGCGAAUCGAACAAGCGACCAGAACCACGAAGAACUAAGACAAACUCUGCACAUCCAGAUAUCGUUGCCAGGGCCACUGUUGAUACGACAAUUGCAAUAAUUCCCGCCAGCGCGUUUCGUCGUCUUACUAGAGUGUACCCAAAGGCCACUGCGCAUAUUGUACAGGUUAUCCUGACCCGGUUACAAAGGGUUACGCUUGCUACGGGUCACUCUUACCUUGGCUUGACAAGUGAGGUCCUACGUACAGAAAAACAUAUGAAUAAAUACACAACUUAUGAAUUACCAAACUUCCUCCGUGGCGAUGCCUUGGAAAGAUUGAAAGUGAAAUUCAUCCGGGAGAAAGAAAGAAUUGGGUCUGAGGACAGUAGCAAAGGCAUUGCUCUACACAAUCCUGGAGCACGUCGACGCCGAAGAUCAAGCACAAGUCUUCGCAAGGAGGCUACCAUACACGCCUUGUCAGCCAAGAUAUCUCCCGCAGUAUCAGCUGCUACGUUUGAUGUAUCGACUCUACGCGAAUCUGGCGCUAGUCCCAGUCCUGGGGAUCUUCUCACGAAUAUUCAAACAUCUCGUGCAGGUGGUCGGAAGGUUGGCACUAAUCCCAACCAAGGCUCACAGAGUCCAGAGGUGUGGCAUCACGACACCCAAAGCCCACUUGGGCAACGAACAUCAAGUCCUUUUGGUACCCCGGUGCGUCCGCGUUUGAUGCUUCACCAUCAGGAGUCGAUUGAUGAAGAUAGCCUUUUUCGAGUCUCAAUCUUGGAGUGUAUUUUCAAGGCUAUCGGCCUAACCAAUACAAAGAUUGCACUAAAAAUGUCAGAUUCCGCAGAAGCUUCGCCAAGGUUCGUUUCCUAUGAUCAAAAACGACAAAAGGCAGUUUUCAGCAACAAUGCUUUUGGCUUUAUCGAUCCUUACGAGGCCUCUGGGGAUGGAGAUACUGAAUCAAUGACUUCUGGAGGCACUAGUGCCGGUGGUUUUCCGAGUACGCAAGGUCUUGCAAAUGAAAUGAAAGAUGAAGUAGAGAUAGUGUACUUUCCAAAGGGUUCUGUUCUUGUCGAACAGGGCGAGCGAAAUCCUGGGUUAUACUACGUUGUAGAUGGAUUUCUGGACGUUAGUGUUCCAGUCGACGAAAGGCCUGAUACAACCGUUUUGGGACACUCAUAUCGACCAUCGACUUCCAACAAACACGUGGAAGAGACACGAGGACCGUUCUCUCAAACACGGCCUGGGCCAUCCCGUGCUUCUGGCUCAAGUGGCACAGACGGGAGGAAGCGAAAGGCCAAGGGUCGGCAGAGCUUGGCGUUGAUCAAACCUGGAGGCAUUGCUGGCUAUAUAGGGACUAUUUCUUCCUACCGUUCCCUCAUAGAUGUUGUUGCGAAGACGGACGUCUAUGUUGGAUUUCUACCCCGAUCGUCUCUGGAGAGAAUAGUGGAAAAGUACCCGGUAGUUCUACUGACUAUGGCGAAACGUCUCACGAGUCUCUUGCCCAGACUUAUCCUCCAUAUUGAUUUUGCACUAGAGUGGGUGCAGGUCGAUGCUGGGCAGGUGAUCUAUCAUCAAGGAGACGAGAGCGAUGCGAUCUACAUUGUCCUCAAUGGCAGACUUCGACUAGUCUUGAAUAAGGAGGAAGCUGGCAUGAGAGUUGUAGGUGAAUAUGGCCAAGGGGAAAGUGUUGGCGAGCUAGAAGUCAUGACCGAAUCUGCCCGUCCCGCCACUCUUCAUGCAAUUCGGGACACAGAGAUUGCAAAGUUUCCCAAAACCUUGUUCAACAGUCUCGCUCAAGAGCAUCCUGGGAUCACCAUUAAGAUCUCGAAGAUCAUUGCAUCUCGCAUGAGGGCCCUGGUAGAAGAUCCGGUUUUCAUCCAAGGAGAGGCCAAUGGCGCCACCAACCCCAAAGUAUCAUCAACGGUCAAUCUCCGGACUGUCGCCAUAUUGCCAGUGACUGCUGGAGUGCCUGUUGUCGAGUUUGGCCAUCGAUUAAUGAAUGCAUUGACCCAGAUCGGGGCAACAAACGGAGUUGCAUCACUCAACCAGGCAGCUAUCCUCAAUCAUCUUGGCCGGCAUGCUUUUAGUCGCAUGGGAAAACUGAAGCUAUCCCAGUAUCUUGCUGAUCUCGAGGAGAAAUAUGGGCUAGUACUAUAUGUUGCUGAUACGAACGUCAAUUCCCCCUGGACGCAAACUUGUAUCAGUCAGGCCGAUUGCAUUCUACUUGUUGGACUGGCUGAUGGCUCGCCUGAAAUCGGAGAAUACGAGCGAUUUUUACUUGGUAUGAAAACUACAGCAAGGAAAGAGCUUGUAUUAUUACACGCAGACCGAUUCUCUCCUCCCGGUUUAACACGAGCGUGGUUACGAAAUCGAGUUUGGAUAAAUGGAGGUCAUCAUCACGUACAGAUGGCAUACAACUCAGUGCCAGUGCAUCCGCAGACCCGAAAAUUUGGCUCUGCGUUGAAGCAACGAGUUCAAGUCUUGCAGGCCGAAAUCCAAAAGUAUACAUCGCGUAGAGUUCGACAAACUCCGCUCUAUUCGGCUGAUACGCCAUUUAAAGGUGAUUUUCACCGAAUCGCAAGACGUCUUUGUGGCAAGUCUGUUGGACUUGUUCUGGGUGGUGGAGGCGCCCGAGGAAUAGCGCAGAUCGGUAUCAUUAGAGCCUUAGAAGAUGCUGGGAUCCCGAUAGAUAUUAUCGGAGGUACUUCGAUCGGAGCUUUUAUUGGUGCAUUAUAUGCCCGAGAUGCAGACGUGGUUCCCAUGUAUGGCCGCGCAAAAAAGUUUGCUGGUCGAAUGGCAAGCAUGUGGCGGUUCGCUCUCGAUUUGACAUAUCCAUCAGCGUCAUACACCACUGGCCAUGAAUUCAACCGUGGCAUUUUCAAAACUUUUGGGAACACUCAGAUAGAGGAUUUCUGGCUCGAAUUCUACUGCAACACCACAAAUAUAAGCAAGAGCCGGUCUGAAAUUCACACCAGUGGCUAUGCAUGGAGAUAUGUGAGGGCGUCCAUGUCUCUUGCAGGAUUACUUCCACCACUUUGCGAUGAAGGGAGCAUGCUCCUUGAUGGUGGAUAUGUCGACAAUCUGACUGUUUCGCAUAUGAAAUCCUUAGGCGCAGAUGUUAUAUUUGCUAUUGAUGUUGGAAGUCUUGACGACGAUACCCCUCAGAACUUCGGGGACUCCUUGUCUGGCUUCUGGGCGUUUGCAAAUCGAUGGAAUCCUUUCUCCUCAUUUCCAAACCCGCCAACACUGGCCGAAAUCCAAGCAAGACUAGCAUAUGUAUCCAGUGUUGAUGCCUUGGAAAGAGCAAAGACAACUCCCGGAUGUCUCUACAUGCGACCUCCGGUUGAUGAAUACGGCACGUUGGAGUUUGGGAAGUUUGACGAGAUUUACCAGGUCGGUUAUAAGUUUGGACAGGCGUAUUUGGCGGAAAUGCGAGACAAGGGCGUCCUUCCGCUAGUCGAUGAGACGGAGGAGAAGAGGGCUUUGCGGAGGACUAUGGCUCCUCGUAGGGCGAGUAUAUAG